AUGAUGCAUAAUAAUAAUAAUCAUGUAAGAAAACAGUCAACAUUGAAAACUGAUCAUCAAUACAAUUAUAGUAUAAAUUCUGUUCAUUUGAAAAAAAAUAGAAUAGAAAUUCCUUCAUCACCUUCAUCAACUACAUCAAUUGAACAAAAUAAAAAUCUAACUAUGAAGUAUAAUUAUGAUCCACAUUAUAUUGAGAUAAAACGUAUUAAAAAUGCUAAAACGGAUUAUGAACGUUUAGGGAUUAGUAAAACAGCUAACAAUGAUGAUAUACAAAAGGCAUUUCGACGUUUGGCCUUCAUAGUGCAUCCUGAUAAAAACAAUGCGCCUGGAAGUGAAGAAGCUUUUAAAAUAUUAGUAAAAGCUAAAAAUUCCCUACUAGCAACAGUACCCAGUAGAUCCAACUGGUUUAGUUCCAAAUCUUAG